GGUGGCUACAUUGUGUCUAUUGUAUCCCUGGGCUUGCGUAUUAGUGCUUUUCUCCGGACCUGAAAUUCAUUAGCGAAAGCCAUGGCCGAUGAGCAAGAAAUCAUGUGCAAAUUGGAAAGCAUUAAAGAAAUCAGCUGGUCUGUUUCCUGCUUUGGGGGUCAUUUCAGGAACAAGACACUGCAGAUGGAGAAGAUCAAGGCCCGUUUGAAGGCUGAGUUUGAGGCCCUUGAGUCAGAAGAGAGGCACCUGAAGGAAUACAAGCAGGAGAUGGACCUCCUUCUACAAGAGAAGAUGGCCCAUGUGGAAGAACUCCGGCUGAUUCAUGCUGACAUCAAUGUGAUGGAAAACACUAUCAAACAGUCUGAGAAUGACCUAAACAAGCUGCUAGAGUCUACCCGGAGGCUACAUGAUGAGUAUAAGCCACUAAAGGAACAUGUGGAUGCCCUGCGCAUGACUCUGGGUCUGCAGAGGCUCCCUGACCUAUGUGAAGAGGAGGAAAAACUCUCCUUGGAUUACUUUGAGAAGCAGAAAGCAGAGUGGCAGACGGAACCUCAGGAGCCUCCCAUUCCUGAGUCCCUGGCGGCUGCAGCCGCUGCUGCACAACAACUCCAAGUGGCUAGGAAGCAGGACACUCGGCAGACAGCCACCUUCAGGCAGCAGCCCCCACCCAUGAAGGCCUGCUUGUCAUGCCAUCAGCAAAUUCACCGAAACGCACCUAUAUGCCCUCUGUGCAAAGCCAAGAGUCGGUCCCGGAACCCCAAAAAGCCAAAGCGGAAACAGGAUGAAUGAAGAGAAGGGUGAUACUUAGAGCUCUGCAGCUCAUAACACCUCCCCUUGGCCAGAGUGAUUGAUGUCCUGAUGUGAAGAAACACUUCCCCAACUCUAUCCAGUCUCCUAUUUAAUAUGAUGGAAGCACAACCCCAUUCUCACAAUCCCUUUUUCUUAUUUCUUUCUGAACUUGAUGGUAUCUGGUUUAGGAAAAGGUUUGGUUUAGGUGCUAAUGACAGUAUGAGUGCUUUUGCAGACUCCUUGUCUCACAACCACACCCACAUUUCUCCAGCCUUUCCCUUGUUUGGAGCUCAAAGAAGGGCAAAAAAUCCCACAUAGGUUUUCUCUGUUUCUUGUGUCCAGGACCUAGGGUCUUAAAUUCUGAGCACUGGUGGAGGCCCAGAUCUUGUUUCAGAGGAAGGCCCCAUAAAGCCCAUUCCCUAUGUUUUUUCCUUUGGCUCCAAGAGGAUAACAGUCCUCUUACUGGACUUUACAAAAGGCUUGAUGCAUAUAUCUUCCUCACUUCCAGUCUCGUCUCCUCCUCAAGGUCCAUAGGUGUCCUGGACAUGCUCUCCUUUCAUACUUAUUUGGGAGACCCAAAUAAGUAGAGUUCAUUUCCAUCACCAGUCUCUCAGAUAUACUAAAGUUCUCCGGUACCUGGCUGUGUGUCUGAGUAUCCUGAGAUCUGCAUGCAAGCCUUUCUCUUUUAUAAACGUAGCCUUUCUUUGCAGAUCAGUCCCCACAGUGAAAAUCAGGGAGCUCUGUCCUGCCUAACUUCCUGCCCUAAAUCAUUGGGCUUAAUGGGUCUGCUGUUAGGGCUAUUUUGUCCUGAGAGGAGUCCUAGGAUGUCAUCUGUGUUGCCUUUGGCUUAAAGUUACCACUAUGGCACUUAAUAGUAUAUCUUCGGAGUCAGUGGAGUGGGUAGAGAUUCAUGUGAAUGUUGAUUAUUUUACACCUACAGGAGAGUAGGAUACCUUUUCCAUUCAUUUGUGCUUUUCUGGGGCCUGACCUCUUCCAUUAAGCAACCUUGACUCAGCUUGGCUGCUGGCUGCCCCUUUUCUGGUUGAUUAUGUAAUGGCAUUCCCUCCCCUCCCUAUCUGCAAGAAAAGACACCAAGCUCCCCAGGCCCUACAGCUCCUCUCCCCCAUACACUCCUUCUACCCCCCCACACCAAAGUUAGAACUCUAGUUGAGUCAGUUUCAGAGAGGGGGGCUGACUGACUGAACAUAUCUUAGCUCUAGUUCUCAGUCCCUGUAAAGGUGCGGAGUAUGUUUUCCUUCCUUAGUUUUCCUUCCUUAGUUUUAUGUUGCCACAGUGUCUGUGUGUUCAUAGUAUAAAAAGUUCUUCCACUUUUUUAAAACUGAGAGUGUGAUGUUCUUACUGAUCAUUUAAAAUAAACAUUUGAUCAUUGGAAUAAAU